UCAAGUACCUUUCAGUUCCAAAGCCAAUGUCAUGGAAGUUAAUAGUUAAAACCAUUAGAGCUUUUAUAUACAUAUCACCAUUUCUCCAAAGUUUCCAAGAACAAAAAAAAUCAGGAAUCAUUCUCACUAUUUCUAAACUCUCUUCUCUUGAUAAAUGGUGUGCCAUGGAAUUAUAGAGAAACCAAACCAGAGACCACAUGGAUGUCAUAAACAUGGAAGGAGGAACCUGCAUCAACGUCAACAAUCCAGAUGUUCGGCUAUUGCUGUUGCAGCAGCCCUCAACAUGUCAAUCUUCACAUUCCACAACCGCCUCUUGCGUUGCGUCUCCAGGCUUUUCCGUCUAUCCACCAAAGGUAGCGCAACUCCUAGCCGCCGAGCCACCAUGAAACAUGGCUACAAAAAGAUCAAGAAACACGAGCAUCAUCAUCAGCACCUUCUGAGAAAACGCCAUGACAAGAAGAGGACCAUCUUUCUUGAUCUCGAUGAAACAUUGGUGCACUCGUCCAUGGAACCACCUCUCCGGGUUAAUGUCGACUUCAUGUUGAGGAUAAAGAUCGAAGGAGUUGUCACACCGAUGUAUGUGGUGAAACGACCAGGAGUUACCGAGUUUCUUGACAGGAUCGGUAAGAAUUACCGAGUGGCGGUUUUCACAGCCGGUUUGCCUGAAUAUGCUUCGCAGGUUUUGGAUAAACUUGACAAGAACCGUGUGAUCUCGCAGCGGCUGUAUAGAGAUUCAUGCACGGAAGUGAACGGGAGAUAUGCCAAAGACUUAUCGUUGGUGGCGAGGAGAGACCUCGGGAGUGUUUUGCUAGUUGAUGAUAAUCCUUUCUCCUACUCUUUGCAGCCUGAUAAUGGAGUUCACAUUAAGCCGUUUGUGGAUGACAUGGAAGAUCAAGAACUGAUGAAGCUUGCUGACUUCUUCGAUGGAUGUUAUCAGUACGAAGAUCUAAGGGAUGCUGCAUCAGAACUUCUAUACAAGUACAACAAAAUGAUUUGAUGAACAUAUAUAUAUUGCUUCUAUUUGCACUCUGCUUUCUUUUUUCUUUUAUAUAUUUCUUUGGCUAUUGGUAUUUUUUGCGUUGGAAAAGGAAUGCUUCAUUCCUUUUCAGCGUUUUUACUUGCAUAAAUAUGUGAUUGUAAAUUGUACUAUAACCAAAAAAAUUGUAAAAAGAAAAAAGGAAUAGUUUUGGACUAGCAGAUUAUCAGUAACAAGAGAUGAUGCUAUCAUCUCAAGUAUAAUGAGCUCCCUGAGGCUAUUAACUUCAUGUGCUUUGAGACAUAUCACAGAGGAUUCACCCUUGAAGCUCUGAGUUGUCCAUGCUUAACCCAUAGAAAACCAUUUCAGAUAUUUGUUCAAUAUAAUAGUGUAGAUCUUGUUUCUUUUUUUUUUUAACUAAAUAGUGUAGAUCUUGGCUUUAGUCCCUUUGGACUUGACACUAAAGAAGAAUGGUUUUAAUAAAUGAAGACCUGAACCAUUAUACUUUGAUUAAAUUAUCAGUAAGUGAUUGGUAUUGGAUAGUCCCAUUCUAAAUUAUUUAAUGGGUUACUUUAAAAGGAUUAUGUCAAACGUGAAACAACUUUAAGUUAGAAACAAAAACUGACAGGUUUUCUUGUUUAAGUAGUUCACCAGGUUCCCCCAAGCCAUAUCUAUACCUCAACUUGUUGGAACUCGUUUUUUGACAAAGUGGUGUGGAUCAUUUUCCGAUGGAUUUUUCGACGGAGACGUCUGUCGGAAAAACUGGAAUUUGGGCACGAUGUAAUCGUCACCAUGAACACUAUGAGUUAGUGUAUUUGAUUGUUAAAACCCAAGUUAUUUUGAAUGAAAAAUGGAGGUCCAAAAAUAAAUAUAUAAAAAGCUUAUAAAGCAUUUUAUUUGGCUAAA